AUGGCUACUGUGCUGCAACGUUUCUUGGACAUGUACAAAGCCGAGCAACCGACGCCGCAGUGUGUGCAGAGGAUACAGCGUGACCUGGCAGAGCUGCACUCCGACCCUGCGUCAUGCGUAUUCGCGGCGCCCGAAGAGAACGACAUUACUGUGAUGCACGCCGUCAUCGUGGGUUCCUGGGACUCUCCUCUCGAAGGCGGCCUGUUCCACUUGGUGCUCAAGUGCCCCCCAGACUACCCGAUACGACCACCUCACGCGUUCUUCUUGACCGGAGCACAGAGCGGUGUGUCGUUCAACAGCCACAUCUACGGAGGGCGCAUUUGCCUCGACACACUUGGACUGGCUUGGAGCCCGGCUCAGACCGUCGGUAGCCUGCUGGUGUCCAUACUGUCCUUGUUGUCCGACGGCGCCGAGGAGCGAAUGCGCCACAACACGCUCAGCAUCGCGAUAUGCGACACGCUCGAAGGCUGCCUGAAGGUACCGCCACCCUCGGAUGCGAUGCCACCGCCUUUGAAAAAGCAGGCCCUCAAGUACUUCGUCGACAACUACGCCAAGUACGAGGACUCCGUCAAGGCGCAGAUCGGCUCCUCCUCGGGAAUUUUCUCGUGGAUAACGGGCAAGAGCGACUACGAGUCGCUCCUCCAGCGUCUUCGCGACAUCAAAAAGAAGGUCGACGAAAAGAAGGAGGCUGAUGGACAGCAAAAUAACGAGUGA